AUGCUGAAGGAUGUGGAGGUGGAUACUGGCACCCGCAACAUGUCGCUGCUGGACCAUGUGGACACAGAUGUCACGAACCUGAUCGAUGCUAUGGCCCACAUUGUGCACACAUGCAAUCGGAAGAUGCAUGCUCGUGUCGUGGAAGUCAUGUACACCCUUCUGCAUUCCUGGGGGCCGCAGAUGCCCAGAAAAGAGUGCAAGAAGCAAGAUGUGCUGAAGGCCAGCCACGACUAUCGGAUUGUCAGCCACAUCCUCACGAAGAGCAGUGACGAUGGUCAUCGUUCCCACAAGGAGACGCAGACCGUCUUCCGGGACUCCAGGAGUGACAGGUCUUUCACGUUUUCGCUCUGGGCAAAGACAGACAAGGAUGUGAAGGUGGACCUCAAGAUCGAAUGGGAUUGCUUCUCGACAUCAAUGAGCCACACGGAGCUGGCGCAGGCGGUCAAGGAUGGAAAGGACAGGCUUCCCAUAGAGGCGUCCUUCAAGUUGCUGCGGCGGCAAGGUGACAUGGCCUUCUACGCUCGCUACCGCGAGGAGCGAAGCAUUCAGAACUACAAGCUGCGAGCAACGCGAACAUGGGACUGGCGUGACAAGAACGACCAGUCGCUUGGUCCAAAAAAGCCACUUGAGAGACUUCGCACAAGUGUUGAACAUAUCUUAGCAGAUGCCCCACAUUGUCAUGAAGAUCUGAUUCUGCGAAUGGCCCAGCAGGGUACUGAAAAUUGA